UAUUUAUUUGCCAUAACUAGCAUUGCUCUAUAAAUCGACCUCUUUGUAAAUGGUAAUCGCACAUACGUACUGAGAUCUCAAUAUGACUUCUAAUUCCAUGGCCUUUCAAUUUGGAGCUUCUUCCUCUUCUUCACCCUCUUCAUUUCCUUCCAUCCGUAUAUGGAAUUAUGAUGUAUUUUUGAGCUUUAGAGGUGAAGAUGUUCGUGAUAACUUUAUUUCCCAUCUACACAAAGCUUUGGUUGAAAAGGGAAUCAAUUCUUACAUUGACUACAAUCUUGAAAGAGGAGAGGAGAUUUCACCAGCACUUUUCAAUGCUAUUGAAGGGUCAAUGAUUUCUAUUAUUGUACUGUCAGAAAAUUAUGCCGGAUCUAGAUGGUGUUUAGACGAGCUAUUGAAAAUUUUUGACUGCAAGGAAAUAAAAAAACAAAUUGUUCUGCCAGUAUUUUUUCAAGUAGAUCCAUCGGAAGUACGGCAUCAAAAAGAAAAUUUUGGAAAAUCUUUUGAUAAACUUGGAGAUAAGGUCAAGGAUGACGCAAAGAUGGUGAAAUGGAAGAAAGCUUUGGAAAAAGUAGCCGAUUUAGCUGAUUUCCGUUUCCCGUCAGCGAACUUCAGGUAAGUUUUACGAAUAUGUACUUUCCCUCAUGUGUAUGCGCAUGCUAUAUUUGGGAUAUUUAUGAGGAAAAUUGAGAUAAAUAUUGCAAGAUCUGACAUUGGAAAACACCAUACAAAAGGAAAAUAAUUUGAUAUUUAUGAUUAUUUUUGGCAUUGAAUAGUUAUAUGCAAGACGUAGUCAAAUUUU